ACACCACGUGUGUUAGCAGCAGCAGCAGCAGCAGCAGCAGAAGAGCCGGCUUUUGUGCGUCCUUCCUUCCGUCCCGCUGCUUUAGCUUCUGUCAGGAUCGGGAUUUGCCUGCUUUCCAGUUUGGCAAAGGGACGAAGCUGAGCAAAAGCAGGAACGAUGGUGAGCAAAACGGACGAGACCUCGCCGGUGGCUGCGGACACCAGAGAAGGGAAAGAGUUAGAAAAUGACAUUGGAAGGGAGACAUAUGACUGUGCCCAUUCAUCAGGCAUGCCAUUAGUCAACGGCGAUGGUGGGCAUGAUCAUUCUGAGGCGGAAAACCACAAAGAGAGGGAAGACGGCGAGACCCACGCAGAUGAUGGGAAUGAACAAGAAGUAAUAGUUAUCCAGGAUACUGGAUUCACUGUCAAGAUACAUGUCCCUGGGAUAGAACCUUUUGACCUGCAGGUUUCUCCCCAGGAGAUGGUGCAGGAAAUCCAUCAGGUCCUUAUGGACAGAGAGGACACCUGCCAUCGCACAUGCUUCUCUCUGCAGCUGGAUGGAAAUGUCCUGGACAACUUCUCUGAACUCAAAUCCAUUGAAGGCCUGCAGGAAGGCUCCAAUCUGAAAGUAGUAGAAGAGCCCUACACUGUCCGUGAAGCCCGGAUACAUGUGCGACACAUCCGAGACCUUCUGAAGAGCUUGGACCCGUCCGAUUCCUACAAUGGCGUAGACUGCAAUUCCUUGUCAUUCCUGAGCAUGUUUACUGAGGGAGAUUUGGGAGAGACUGGAAAACGCAAAAGAAAAGGCUCUGAGUUGGAGCAAAUUGACUGCACGCCCCCAGAACACAUUCUCCCUGGCAGCAAGGAACGCCCUUUGCUCUUUCUCCAGCCACAGACCAAGGAUGCAAAGCCUCUGCAGUGCCUGAAAGUGUUAACUAUGAGUGGCUGGAAUCCUCCACCAGGUAACCGCAAGAUGCAUGGUGAUCUGAUGUACCUGUACGUAGUUACCAUGGAGGAUCGGCAUGUUAGCAUCACUGCUUCAACCCGAGGUUUCUACGUGAAUCAGUCGACAGCCUACAGUUUCAACCCCAAGCCUGCAAACCCCAGUUUCCUUAGCCAUUCACUGGUGGAGUUGCUGAGCCAGAUCAGUCCUAUUUUCAAAAAGAAUUUUGCCACCUUGCAAAAGAAAAGGGUUCAGCGACACCCGUUUGAAAGGAUAGCAACUCCUUUCCAAGUGUACAGCUGGACUGCACCCACAGUGGAGCAUGCCAUGGACUGUGUCCGCGCAGAAGAUGCAUACACUUCACGUUUGGGGUAUGAGGAGCAUAUACCAGGCCAGACAAGGGACUGGAAUGAAGAAUUGCAAACAACCAGAGAGCUCCCACGUAAGAACCUCCCCGAAAGGCUUCUCCGCGAGCGUGCAAUUUUCAAGGUGCACAGUGACUUUGCAGCAGCUGCUACACGAGGUGCAAUGGCCGUGAUCGACGGGAAUGUCAUGGCCAUUAAUCCAGGCGAAGAAACCAAAAUGCAAAUGUUCAUUUGGAACAACAUCUUCUUCAGCUUGGGCUUUGAUGUCCGUGACCAUUACAAGGACUUUGGUGGGGACAAUGCAGCCUACGUGGCUCCCACCAAUGACCUGAAUGGAGUUCGGGCCUACAACGCUGUUGAUGUAGAAGGACUUUAUACUUUGGGGACUGUGGUUGUGGACUACAGGGGUUACAGAGUGACCGCGCAGUCGAUCAUUCCUGGUAUUCUGGAACGGGAGCAAGAACAGAGUGUUAUAUAUGGGUCCAUAGACUUUGGUAAAACGGUUGUGUCUCACCCCAAAUACCUAGAGUUAUUGGAGAAGACAGCAAGGCCUCUCAAAAUCCAGAAGCACAAUGUACUUAACGACAAGAACGAGGAAGUGGAACUGUGCUCCUCUGUCGAGUGCAAAGGCAUUAUUGGGAACGACAGCCGCCAUUACAUCUUGGACUUGCUGCGCACUUUCCCACCAGACUUGAAUUUCCUGCCAGUGGAAGGCGAAGAGCUCCCGGAGGAAUGCAGCAAGAUGGGCUUUCCGAAGGAACACAGGCACAGGCUGUCCUGCCUGAGGCAGGAGCUAAUUGAAGCCUUUGUCGAACACAGGUAUCUUGUUUUCAUGAAGCUGGCUGCCUUGCAGCUGAUGCAACAGAAGGCCAACAAGCAAGAGAAGGAUUGUGCCACUGUGACCGAGAAUGGUAGCUCUUGUCUAACCGAGGCUGUGCAAAACAACAAAACUGUGCCUGAAGAUGGUAAGGCUGAGGAAAACCUUUCUGGAUUAGAUCAAGCUAGAGAUCUUGCAGAGUCCAUUGCAUCAGAGGACAGAGCAGUUGACCCAAAGAGUAAGGAGGUUAUUCUGAAUGCCUACAAAGCUGUUGGUUCUGUUAGCAAUACGUCUUUUGAUAUUCGCUUCAACCCAGAUAUAUUUUCACCAGGUGUUCGUUUCCACGAUCCCAAUUGUGAAGACCUCCAGAAACAGAAGCAAUUAUUGAAAGAUGCGGCUGCAUUCCUGGUUUCCUGCCAGAUUCCAUCAUUGAUAAAAGACUGUGUUGAUCACACUGUGCUUCCGAUGGACGGUGCCACAUUGGCAGAAGCCAUGCAUCAGCGGGGCAUUAACAUCCGUUACCUGGCCAAGAUAGAAGAGUUGGUUUCAAAGAGUCUUGCUCGGCAGCAGUUGGAUCACAUUUACAAACUUGGAGUGACUGAAUUAAUCACCCGAUCUGCUAAACAUAUCUUCAAAAUAUACCUUCAGGGAGUGGAGCUUUCUGGUCUGUCUGUUGCCAUAAGCCAUUUCCUCAACUGCUUCCUCAGUUCCUUCCCAAACCCCAUUGCUCACCUUCCUACUGAUGAGCUUGUCUCGAAGAAAAAGAGGAACAAGAGGAAGCCCCGGCACCUGGGGAACACAGACAAUACAGCCUGGGCCAGCACGACCCCUCAGGAACUCUGGAAGAACAUCAGCAAUGAGACCAGGAGCUACUUCAGCUUCAGUAUAGACUGUGAGAGCGUGGAUCAGGCUGUAGAGAAGUAUGGCCUACAGAAAAUCAGCCUCUUGAGAGAGAUCUGUGUGAAGUCAGGUAUACAGAUUCUGCUGAAGGAGUACAAUUUUGAUAGUCGUCACCGACCAACCUUUACAGAGGAGGAUAUCCUCAACAUCUUCCCAGUUGUAAAACAUGUGAAUCCCAAAGCAUCUGAUGCCUUCCAUUUCUUCCAAAGUGGACAAGCUAAAGUCCAACAAGGGUUCUUAAAAGAGGGAUGUGAGCUCAUCAACGAGGCCUUAAAUCUUUUCAAUAAUGUAUAUGGAGCAAUGCACGUGGAAAUCUGUGCUUGCCUAAGGCUGCUGGCUCGUCUAAAUUACAUCAUGGGUGAUUAUAAUGAGGCCCUGAGCAACCAGCAGAAAGCAGUGCUGAUGAGUGAAAGAGCACUAGGUGUGGAUCACCCUAACACAAUCCAGGAAUAUAUGCAUCUUGCACUGUACUGCUUUGCAAAUGGUCAGCUCUCAACAGCCUUAAAAUUACUGUAUCGAUCUCGCUACCUCUUGCUGUUGGUAUAUGGUGAGGAUCAUCCAGAAAUGGCACUGUUGGAUAGUAAUAUUGGCCUUGUAUUGCAUGGUGUUAUGGAGUAUGAUCUCGCCCUGAGGUUCCUGGAGAAUGCUCUGGCAAUCAAUGGAAAAUACCACGGAGCAAAAUCCCUAAAAGUUGCCCUGAGCCACCAUCUGGUAGCGCGUGUCUACGAGAGCAAAGCAGAGUUUCGAUCAGCCCUACAGCAUGAGAAAGAUGGUUAUACCAUCUACAAAAACCAGCUGGGUGACAAUCAUGAAAAGACCAAAGAAAGCUCGGAGUACUUGAAGUACCUCACGCAACAAGCUGUAGCUCUCCAACGUACUAUGAAUGAGAUUUACAAGAAUGGAUCCAACGCCAGCAUUCUCCCACUCAAGUUCACAGCUCCCACCAUGGCUAGUGUAUUGGAGCAGCUCAAUAUUAUAAAUGGGAUUCUCUUCAUUCCCCUCAGCCAAAAAGACCUGGAAAACCUGAAAGCUGAGGUCCAGCGCCGGCAGCAGCUGCAGGAAGCAGUGAAGAGUGUGGAGCAGGAGGAAACCACAGACGAAAAGGUGACCGAGCCACCUCACGGGGAGAAGAGCCAAGCAACUGUCGAAUCGUCCACAGAACAGGCUUCAGCGUAAAAGGCCUGUUUUUUCAGAACCCUCCAGGAACUGAAGCCUGCUUAAACCUCAGCAAGUUUUGCAGGCUGUAGGAGACUUGUUGCAAUAAACUUUAUCUCUUGCGCGCACACAGAAAAAUGCACUGGUACAUGGAAAAUGUGUUGCAUUUAAUGUUUCUUUUUUUUUAAAAAAAGGAAAUCCUGCCAUUAGCAGAUCUGAAUAAUAUCAAAGCCUUAGCAGUGGCAUUGACUGCGCAAUGUGUUUUUUUUUAAAAAGAAACUAUAUUUAAAAAAAAAACUAGGUGUUUAGAAACAGUUACUUGUAAAGUUAUACAACUCAACUUGUACAGUCAAUAAAAACAAUCAACUGUUUGUAAAGUACAUGUGUAAUAGUCUAAAAGAAACUGUACAGAUGACAAAUUCCAAAUGAAUGAAUCUUGAAAAUACUUAAAAUACUCAGGUCAUUAUAUGUUGUAUAAGGGCACCAACCAGAAAAGAAACAUUUAAGACUUUGGUAUUCAGAACCAAUUUUUUUUUCAAUUUUAAAGCUAACUAUGAUAACAGUUACAGCCCCUAAUGAACACAAAGUAGACUUAGCUUAAUAAGUCAGUUAUUAUUCAAGUGGUGGAACCUGUACACAAUUGUGAACAUGUGCAGUUAACAAUUCUUGCUUGAGUUUUUGUGUUGAUUUCCAGUUCAAUCAAUUUUAAAAGCUGAUGACUUUUACAUUGUGAAAACUGUCAGAUAUUUGGAAUUUGUGCGGUUUGCCAUUGGUAACUGGAUCGUUUUCUCUUAAACAUUUCCCUCUCCCCGCUGUGGGAACACUCCCUUUCACAAUUAGAAUUGGAAGUGUCUUCAAACCAACAUGGAAUAAGUGGACGAAACGUGUACUUUGAUUUUUUUUUGUUUUGUAUUGUGCUGUGACGCGUUUCAGAACAGUAAGUCUGAAGGAUGGUGGGAUUUUUAGUGCAUUUAAAGCAUGUGUGAUGAAGCCACUUGUACCAAAAGUGCUGACAUUGUACAGUGUACUCACGGGGAAACCUUUUUUUUUGUUCCGGUGAAUGACUGUGACCAAGAGAGAUGAUGAAAGCCAUUUUUUAAAAUUAAUAACCCUGUAAGCUGUGUAUGUACGUUGUGGUACUGACGAGACAAAAAGAUACAUUUAUGAAAAGAAAUGAGUGCUAUAUAGUAUAUUCUCAAAUUGUAUAAUCGUAUUUCAUGUGAUGUGAUAAUGGAAUCAUUACACAGUAAAUUCCUCCCAUUAAGGAUGUGUAAUAAAUGCUGGAGUAAGUUGAUUUUCUUUUUACCUGAGUAUCCACAGUGAUUGUCCAUAAGUUGCUUCCUGAGCUACAGUGUGGGUGUAUCUGAUUAAUGCAAAAUCAUCUUAAUUGCUGCACUGCCCCCUCUGGAUGUUAACAUUAUGCUAAUAGCUUUCAAAUUUUUCUGUCACACUGAUGUUGCCCGUAUGCUGAGGUGGCUGUGAGAGUGUGUGGCAAUUGUGUGUAGGGAGGGGAAGGGAACAAGAGAAGGUGAGGCAGCAUCUUCAUUGCAAAGCAACUUGUUCUUAAAUUAUUUGAAUUUACUACCAAGUGUUCAAUAAAAGAUGAACAAGAA